AUGGUCCUUCAUUGUCGCCCAUUGUCGCCGGGCCAGGCGGGUUACAUCUUGGGACAACGGAAAGUCCUCAUCUCGACGCGGCCCGCAGGACACCGCCACGGCCCUCCCCCGGCCCUCCUCCAGCGCGCCCGCGACCUAACCUCCGAGCACGCCCGCCUCGCCGCCUCCCUCUCCGACGCAUUCGACACCAAGACAGCCAAGCGCGUCGGCGAGCUCUCCCUCGUCGCCGCCGCCCUCGCCGAGUUCGACGCCGCCCACGACUCCCUCGCCGAGCUCCGCGGCCUCCUCUCCUCCCCAGACGCCGAGCUGCGCCAACUCGCCGUCGACGAGCUCGACGCCACCACCCGCGACGCCGAGGCCCUCGUGCACAAGCUCACCGCCGCCCUCACCCCGCGCCACCCCUUUGCCGACAUGCCCUGCCUGCUCGAGUUCCGCCCCGGGCCCGGCGGCCUCGAGGGCCGCUACUUCACCGACUCCCUGUUCCGCAUGUACAAGCAGUACCUGUCCCGCCACGGGUUUCGCGUGCGCGUCGUCAAGUACGAGCUCGCCGACUCGGCCGGCGACUCCACCGGCGCCGCCAAGGAGAAUCCCCUCCAGGAAGCCAUCCUCGAGGUCGAGGACCCGGGCUCCUACGACUUGCUGCGCGGCGAGGCCGGCAUGCACCGCGUCCAGCGUAUUCCCGUCACCGAGAGCAAGGGCCGCACCCACACCUCGGCCGUCGCCCUCUGGGUCCUCCCUUCUUUCCCCGAGAGCAAUGCCGAGGAAGCCGACUUUGACGACCCGGAGAGCAUCUUCUACAUCAACCCCGCCGAAGUCAAGCAAGAGGUCAUGCGCGCCCGCGGCGCCGGCGGCCAACACGUCAACAAGACCGAGUCUGCCGUGCGGCUGACCCAUAUUCCGACGGGCACCACCGUCAGCAUGCAGGACUCGCGGUCCCAGGUCCGGAACCGCGCCUCGGCGUGGCAGCUCCUGCGCUCCAGGGUCGCCCAGCAGAGGAGGGAGGAGCGCGAGGAGCUCGCCUUUAGCUUGAGGAACAGCGUGCUGGCCAAGGACAAGAUUACGAGGGCCGACAAGAUCCGCACCUACAAUUACUCUCAGGACAGGUGUACGGAUCACAGGAGCGGCCUAGACGUGCACAAUCUCCCCGACGUUUUAGAAGGCGGGGAAACUCUCGAUAGGGUGAUUAAGAGCGUCAGAGAGUGGCUGGUGGCAAGGGACAUCCGUGCCAUGAUGGCCGAAGAGGACGCCAAGGCCAACCCCGAGAGCGGCGAGAAGAAGGCUUGA